AUGGACAAGUCUACUGCAUUGACAAAAUUCUUUGAAGCCGAGCGAAGAAAAAGAGACGCAGAUAGUGCACAAGGUCAAGGUCUACCACAAGCCGCCUUCUUACUUCAUAAAUCGGAGAGCACAUUGAAAGUCAAACCACAAAACAAAUUGAGCGAACGCAUGCUUUACACUCAGCGUUAUCUUCUCGCUUCGAAAUACACUUUAGGACUUCUUUUUACGGCAUAG